AUGGAAACGUUCCUGCGAUGGGCAGCAGAGCUUGGCGUUUCGGAUUCCAUCGAUUCUUCUCGAUCUCGCGAUUCAUGUCUCGGCGAUUCCCUUUCCGUCGCCGACUUCCCUCUCGCCGGCGGGAGGGGUUUGGGUGCUGUUCGUGAGCUCAGGAAAGGAGAAUUGGUUUUGAAAGUCCCGAGAAACGCUUUGAUGAACACAGAAUCCAUGGUCGCUAAAGAUGAGAAAUUGAGGAAUGCGAUUAAUCUCCACGGAUCGCUUUCUUCGACCCAGAUAUUGAGUGUUUGCUUAUUGUAUGAAAUGAGCAAGGGAAAGAACUCUUUUUGGUAUCCAUAUUUGGUGCAUUUACCCCGUGACUAUGAUCUCUUGGCUACAUUUGGAGAAUUCGAGAAGAAAGCAUUACAAGUUGAAGAUGCUGUUUGGGCUACAGAGAAAGCCAUAGCCAAGUCUCAGUCUGAGUGGAAGGAAGCUGGUGCGUUGAUGAAGGAGUUAGAUCUCAAGCCAAAGUUUCAGAGUUUCCAAGCAUGGCUUUGGGCUUCUGCAACUAUAUCUUCACGGACGCUGCAUAUACCAUGGGAUAGUGCUGGGUGUUUGUGUCCUGUGGCGGACUUGUUUAACUACGAUGCUCCUGGAGAUGAUUCGAAUACCUCAGAAGGUCCUGAGAGUGUGAUGCAGACAUCAUCACCUCUAGCUAUAUCAACUAAUAAUCAUGAGUGUCUGGAUAAUGCGGAGGAGGUAGUACUUGUUGUUGAGACUCAUUCUGAAAGGCUCACAGAUGGUGGAUUUGAUGAAGAUGCCAAUGCUUAUUGUCUUUAUGCAAGAAGGAAUUAUCAGCUAGGAGAUCAGGUUCUUCUAUGCUACGGCACUUACACGAAUCUAGAGCUUCUUGAGCAUUAUGGGUUUAUGUUAGAAGACAACUCAAAUGACAAGGUCUUCAUUCCUCUAGAGACCAGUGUUUAUUCUCUAGCUUCUUCAUGGCCUAAAGAUUCUUUAUACAUUCAUCAAGACGGUAAGCCAUCUUUUGCGCUUGUAUCGACAUUGAGACUCUGGCUGAUUCCACAGAGCCAACGUGACAAGUCAGUUAUGCGCCAUGUCUAUGCUGGAUCUCAGAUAUCUGUGAAGAACGAGAUCCUAGUCAUGAAGUGGAUAUCUGAGAAAUGUGGAAGUGUUUUAAGAGAUCUGCCAACUUCUGUCCUAGAGGACACUGUGAUUCUUGAUAACAUUCACAGUAUCCAAGAUCCCGAAUUGCAUCUGGAGCAGGAAGAAAGAGAAGCUUUUGGCAGCGAAGUACAAACGUUUCUCAAUGUGAAUGAUUUGUGGGAUGUCAUUGGAUUUUCUGGUAAAGAUGUAGAAUUUUCAAGGAAAACUAACAGGAUGAUGUGCAAGUGGAGAUUGUCAGUGCAAUGGAGGUUAAGGUACAAGAGAACUCUUGCAGAUUGUAUUUCUUAUUGUAAUGAGAAUUUGAAUCAUCUCUCAGCUACCACUAAAUGGGAUUAG